AUGAACCGCCUUCUCCUCCGGGAAGUGCGGGGACCUAGGAAAUCAGGCCCUCCUUUGCCCGGGAAAUACUGCACACUCUGUAACCCUCUCUUGGAAUCCUGCUGGCUCCGGGCAUCUCGUGCGCACCGUCCUUCGAACGCCUGCCUAUUUUUUUGGAGGUGGGGGCAAGAGGUCGGGCUGUGGGCAACAGUCAGGGUACCCAGGCCCUUCACUGACCUCCUCCCCGCUCCCGCAGGCGUGAAGACCCCCUUGCGGAGAAAGGAGCUGGAGCAGCCCGGGACCAGGGAGGCGGAGGCGGAGGCGGAGGCGGAGGCGGAGGCCGCGGCCGCGGAGGAGGGGUCGGAGGAGGACGAGGAGGAGGAGAGGCCGCCGGAGGAGCGCACGGCCGAGGGCGGGGCGGAGGGCGGGGAGGCGGAGGGCGGUGAGGGCCGGGAGCGGGGCUCCGUGUCGUACUAUCCGCUGCGCCAGGAGUCCAGCACCCAGCAGGUGGCGCUGCUGCGGCGAGCGGACAGCGGCUUCUGGGGCUGGUUCAGCCCCUUUGCGCUGCUCGGAGGCCUGGCAGCUCCAGCUAACAGGAAGCGGAUCCCCCCGGAGGAGCCGUGCGUGCUGGAGACGCGGCGGCGGCGGCUGCGCGGAGGGGGCUGCGCGCGCUGCGAGAUCCUUUUCUGCAAGAAGUGCAGGAACCUGCACAGCUCGCCGAGCUACGUGGCGCACUGCGUUCUGGAGCACCCGGAACUGCGGGAGGCGCGGGCUUCUGGAGGCGCGGGGGCUGCCGUAGGCCUUUGA